AUGUCGUUCUCUAGUAGUAUGCUAGAGGGAAACUUUAUGCUGGGUAGUGGCACCAACAGGAAAAUCCCAAGGAUAGAGAACAGCUCUAUUCAAUGCCGUUAUACAGCAGAUGUCACUGGCAUAGCGGGAAAUCCAAAUGGUAUUACUACUAUAAAAGACAAAAGGAACGCCAUGCCUCACAAAUUCUGGAUAGCUCAAUCAUUGAUUGAUGUGCAGAGAAAAGACGAAGAUAAGGAAGAAGAGAGUCUACAUAAGACUAAAUCUUAUCAGUAUAAGGAAGAAGUCUUCGAAAAUUUGCGUAAAGGAAAAGAGAACUUAUCAUUAGGAGAAGAUGAAUUACGUAAGAUCCAACUUGAUAUUGAGGACCUGACUCUGAAAUUCGAUGAAGAAUCUUUGUUUAGGAGUGUUCCCAAUAUAAUCAAAAUUUUAAUCAAGAAUGAUGAAGAAUGUGCUAAGGAUAUUCUUAGGAAACGUUUGAAAACACAGAAGGAUAUCGAAUUGAUUUCGGAGUUCGGUCAAUAUACGAUUGAGGCCUUAAUUGUUCAUGUGUUAAGUAUGCUUUUUAACUCAGUUAAUCCGGAAACAUCUAUGAUUCGUGUUUCCACUUUGAUUGAACGACUAGAGAAUAGUGUCCGUACCCAAGCUUUUUUAUUGAUAAACCGCAGGUGUCAAAAGAAGUUCACUAUGUCCACUGAAACCACGGAUAAUGAAAAUGGGAAGAAAAGAUCGAAAUUGGAAAAGAUGUAUCCCAUUGGUUCAGGAUUAGUUGAAUUCAUGGAUGAAAGGGGUUUGAUCACAUUAAUGAAUGAUAAGAGCGGGAAUGUUCGAGUGAUGAAUAAAAAAGGAGCUUAUUUUAUUCCGAACCAUCUCUACGCUGUCUGCAACUUUGAUAUUUCUUUACUACCGAUCAAGCUCAACCUGCCAAUGGUGUGCAAACCUCUUGAUUGGACGAGUGCCUGCCCGGAGGGGCAAGAGCCUAGAACUCUUUCCGAUCUAUCAGGGGGUUAUUUAAGUUGUCCAACUGGGGAUAUAUAUGAUCGUUACCGUCUGUUAAGUACCGGUAGCCUUCAUCAUUAUUUUAUUGAUAUUGGAAGGGGAAAGGGAGAUUAUCUGAAACUGUGUGAUAUAAUGAACAAGCUGCAGAAUCAGGCCUUUCAAAUAAACAGUGAUUGGUUGCAAUAUAUUGAAAAUAAUGAGAAGUUAUUAGUUGACUAUGGUUAUCUCAAGCCAAGAUUUCUUGUUUCUUUGAAUUUAAAAAAAGCAUCUGACUUACUUAGAGAGUUUCACAUGAAGGAUAAGGAUAUUAAUAAAUUAUGUAGCUUUAGCGAAUUGUUACAAACAUUAAAUAAGAACAUUCAAUGUUCUCGUUAUGAGGAUUUGAUUAUCAAACUGGCAAAAGCCUACGAUGGUUAUCAUUUUUAUUUGCCUGCCUUUCUCGACUUCCGAGGUCGAAUCUACCGCAGUGGGAUCUUGCAUUUCCAUGAGCGUGAUCUAGCUAGAAGCCUGAUCCUCUUUGCUGGUACGAAAUUUGAGAAACCUCUAUCUAAUAUAUAUAAUAAUAUUAUUGAUGCAACAGCCUUCCAUUAUAAGAAGUUCACCACUGUCAAUGAUGCAAAAUACUGGUUUUUAAAUAACAUUGAUAAGAUAAAAAGAAAUCCUAUCGAUUUCGCUCGGGAGGCUAAACACCCCUUUCAGUUCCUGGCCAAUGUUAUUGGACUUAGCAAUGAGAAAACGGAAGUUCUUAUGAACACACCUAUUACCCAAGAUGCCUCAGCGAGUGCAUAUCAGAUUAUGAGUUACUUCUUGAUGGAUGAAAUCCUGGCUAAGAGAACGAAUCUCAUCCCAUCCGAAGAUGGUCAAAUCCAAGAUUUGUAUUCUUUCUUGCUCAAAGAACUCAUUGAGUUCAUGAAAGCAGAACUCGAUAAUAAAUCUCUAUCAAAUACUGUUUGCCAAAUCCUCAAUCGUAAUAUAGUCAAAAAAAUCUUUAUGCCAAUUAUCUAUGGCAAAACUGUAAUGAGCACAACCAUGGAUCUGAAAGAACAUCUCUCUCACUACAUCACUUAUAAGGAUUGUUGCGUUGUAGCCAAAGCCUGCUUUAAGUUCUGGAAUCAGAGAUGUCCUGGAAUGAGUUGCCUGAUCCGGUUGAUCCGUCAUAUAGGCUGGAUCGUGUCUGCAGGGGAUCGCCCUGUUUUCUAUAAAGUUCCUUUCUUUACCACG